GCCCGAGACCGAGACGAGAGCCGAGCACCACCAGACCACCCACACCUCCCGGCCGGCAACCCGCCGCUUGCCUCCUCCUCCCCCUUUGACCGCCCCGCGACGCGCGCGCGCCUGCUCGUCGGCCGGCCAGGAGCUCGCCGCUCGCGUGGGGAUUGGAGUGGAAGAGGCCGCGCGGCUGCUGGGAUGGAUCCCGUGGCGGCUGCCGCGGCGCACGGCGGCGGGCACCACUUCGCGCCGCCGCCGCCGCCGUUCCACCCGUUCGCCCACCACUUCCCAGGCCAGCACCCGGCGUUCCAGCAUUUCCAGGAGCAGCUUAUGGCGGGCGGCGGAGCGACGGCGAAGCAGGAGCUCGCGGACGACAGCAACACCAUCAACAGCGCCGGGAGCAACGGCAGCGGCGGCGACGCGGCCGCGGACCACCACCAGCAGCAGCUGGGGCCGGCGGGCGAGGAGCAUCAGCAGCAACAGCAGCCGCCCGCGGUGCUGCGGCGCCCCCGGGGCCGCCCCACGGGGUCCAAGAACAAGCCCAAGCCUCCGGUGAUCAUCACGCGGGACAGCGCCAGCGCGCUGCGCGCCCACGUCCUGGAGGUCGCCGCCGGCUGCGACGUCGUCGACAGCGUCGCCGGGUUCGCGCGCCGCCGCCAGGUCGGCGUCUGCGUGCUCAGCGGCGCCGGCAACGUCGCCAACGUCACCAUCCGGCAGCCCGGGGCCGGGCCCGGCGCCGUCGUCAACCUCGCCGGCCGCUUCGAGAUCCUCUCGCUCUGCGGCUCCUUCCUCCCGCCGCCGGCGCCCCCCGCCGCCACCGGGCUCACCGUCUACCUGUCCGGCGGCCAGGGCCAGAUCGUGGGCGGCACGGUCGCCGGCCCGCUUCUCGCCUCCGGGCCCGUCGUCAUCGUGGCUGCCUGCUUCGGCAACGCCGCCUACGAGCGCCUCCCCCUCGAGGACGACGAGCCUCCGCACCAGCAGACGCCGCAGGGCCUGGCCGGCCACUCCUCCUCCUCGCCGCCUCCGCAGCUUCCAUUGGGCGCCGGUGGGCACUCUCACCCGCCGCCGUCCCUCGCCGACCAGCUCCCCCACAGCCUCAUCAACGGCCUCCCGCUCCCCGGCGACGCCUACGCGUGGGCCGGCCCCGGCGGCGGCGCCGGCCGCGUCGCCCCGUACUGAUCGAUCGCCGCCGGACAUGGAAGAAGCAGGGAGAGGAGAGCAAGCAAACUAAACAUCAAGCGCCGGCGCGCUUCGUCGUCGCCAUCGGCAUGCAGCAUGGUACAAUCCAUCGAUCGAAGCUAGCUAAGAGUCAUCCAUCAAUCCAUCUCGAUCUCUCCCCGCCUCUGCUAAUUACCCGGCCCUCUUCGUUCCCGUGCUGUUCUUCGUUCGUGUAAUCGUCAGUCCGCCAUGGAUGGUCAACAAUUACCCGAUAACCCUCUGCCUGUAGUAGUGUAAUUCCUCGUAGUGCUUUGGAACUGUUAAUCUCUGCGGUUAAUUUUUCUUUCACUUGCACCUUCACCUGAUGAGCAAUGCAUGAUGCUGCUGCAUCGUCGAUCCACCUGUAGAGAGAGAAAGGGAGGAGGGGUUGAGGAGGAGAUUAGAAGUAGUAGUAGUGCUAGCAGAAGCAAUUAAGCUUCCUUUAAAAAAUUGUUUUAAUCUGUC